CUCUUGAGAGAGCCAGCAGACUGGAGCCCAGAAGAGCUCUGCAGUGACUCUCUUCACACACCAGCCUGGGCCCGUAGAGCUGCCAGCACCAUGCAGGACGAGGUGGCUCUUCUGGCCACUGUCACUCUCCUGGGAGUCCUGCUGCAAGUCUAUUUCUCCCUGCAGGUGAUCUCCGCGCGCAGAGCCUUCCGCGUGUCUCCGCCGCUCACCACCGGGCCGCCGGAGUUCGAACGCGUCUACCGAGCCCAGGUGAAUUGCAGCGAGUACUUCCCGCUGUUCCUGGCCACGCUCUGGGUCGCCGGCAUCUUCUUUCACGAAGGUACGGCGGCCCUGUGCGGCUUGGUCUACCUUUUCGCACGCCUCCGCUACUUUCAGGGCUACGCGCGCUCGGCGCAGCAAAGGUUGACCCCAUUGUACGCGAGCGCGCGCGCGCUCUGGCUGCUCGUAGCGCUCGCAGCGCUCGGCCUGCUCGUCCACUUUCUCCCCCACGCGCUGCGCGCUGCGCUCCUGGGACGGCUCGGGAAGCUGCUGCCUAGGGCCUGAG